ACAGGCACAGUUUCAAUUCAAACGGCCAUGGAAUUGUGAAAUACCCACUCUGUACGGACAUGGCGACUGUUGCGGCUGUAGUGAAGCUCCAGGCCUUCAACCCAAACCCCAAGAAGCUGCCAUCUCCAUCAUUCCUGGGCAAGAAGCUUAAGCUCAGACCCUCUUCCAAUUCAGCUCCAAAUGGAAGAAUCGCCGUCUCGAAGUCGAAGCAAUUGCUCGUUUGCGCGGCUGGAGGGGAGAUUCUGGGUUUUGCUCAGGACCUGUUUGUGGGCGUUGGAGUGGGGCUUCCUUGCACUGUGAUGGAGUGCGGCGAUAUAAUCUACCGAAGCACGCUGCCCAGAUCGAAUAGCAUCACGCUCACUGUUCCUGGAGUGAUCUUGGCGCUUGGCGCGGUUUCUUAUCUUUGGUCGACUCCUGGAGUGGCGCCGGGCUUCUGGGACAUGUUUGUUCUUGCUUUUGUGGAGAGAUUGUUCAGACCCACUUAUAGGAAGGAUGAUUUUGUGUUGGGGAAGAAGUUGGGUGAGGGAGCUUUCGGAGUAGUGUACAGAGCUUCACUUGCUAAGAAGCCCUCUUCAAAGAGAGAAGGUGAUUUAGUCGUGAAAAAGGCUACUGAAUAUGGUGCUGUCGAGAUCUGGAUGAAUGAACGUGUCCGAAGGGCCUGUGCAAGUAGCUGUGCUGAUUUUUUGUAUGGCUUCCUUGAGAAUUCUUCAAAGAAAGGGGGUGAGUAUUGGCUUAUAUGGAGGUUUGAAGGGGAAGCCACGCUUUCGGAUUUGAUGCUGAGUAAAGAUUUCCCCUAUAAUGUGGAAACAAUGAUACUUGGAGAGGUUCAGAGCUUGCCAAAGGGCUUGGGAAGGGAGAACAAAAUCAUUCAGACAAUCAUGGGACAAAUCCUUUUUGCUUUGGAUAGCCUUCACUCCACUGGGAUUGUCCACAGGGAUAUAAAGCCACAGAACAUUAUCUUCUCUGAAGGGUCUCGCACAUUCAAGAUAAUUGACCUCGGUGCUGCAGCAGAUUUGAGAGUAGGCAUCAACUAUAUCCCAAAGGAGUUCCUUUUAGAUCCAAGAUAUGCAGCACCCGAGCAAUAUAUUAUGAGCACGCAAACUCCAUCUGCACCUUCCGCUCCUGUGGCAUCUGCUCUUUCCCCAGUUUUGUGGCAGUUGAAUCUACCAGAUAGAUUCGAUAUCUACAGUGCCGGUCUCAUUUUCCUACAAAUGGCAUUCCCGGGGCUGCGCACCGACAGUAGUCUCAUACAAUUCAACCGCCAGCUGAAGAGAUGUGAAUACGAUUUGGUUGCGUGGAGGAAGACUGUAGAACCUCGAGCUAGCCCUGAACUGCGGAGAGGCUUUGAAUUAUUAGAUUUAGAUGGAGGAAUAGGGUGGGAACUUCUCACAUCCAUGGUUCGCUACAAAGCUCGCCAAAGAACCAGUGCAAAAACCGCUUUGGCUCAUCCAUACUUCGACAAAGAAGGCUUGCUGGCUUUGUCCGCCAUGCAGAAUCUCCGGCUGCAGCUCUUUCGAGCGACGCAGCAGGACUACGGGGAAGCAGCCAAGUGGGUUAUUCGCCUCAUGGCAAAGUCGGGAACGAAACAAGACGGUGGCUUCACGGAAGCCCAGCUUCUGGAGCUCAGAGAGAUUAAGCCGAAGAAGGCGGCAAGCGCGCAAAGGAAUUUUCUUGCAUCGGCUCUCCGGCUGCAGAGGAAGAUUAUAAGAACACUGAAUGAGAGCAUGGAUGAACUUAACCAACGCAGGAAGAGCUUUUGGUGGAGCCGGUGGAUCCCAAGAGAAGAAUGAUGCUUGUACAUACACAGUUUUUUCAGAAAGAAGAAAGAUGAACAAGAAAGAAAAGGAAAGAAAAUUGUAUAAAUCUUUGUGUAUCCAUCCUUAAUUACUAGCUACAUAAUGUGAUGCAAUAUCUAAUUGAUGAUGCUCUGAAGUUGAGAAAAUUGAUCAA